CCCGUCCGUCCUGCCGCCUUGUCUUGUCGCUCCUUCUCUUCUCUCGACUUGCUCCGUCCUCGACUUGACCUGACUUGACUUGUCCUGGCCUUGACCUUUCCUUCUCAUAAAUCCUUCACCUUCCACUUUAUCUUCACCUCUCCUCUCCUCUUCUCCUCUCUUCUUCUUCUUCCUGCUCUUCCUUCUCCCCGACUCUAUCGGUCGAUCCCUCACACCGAUCGUGAUUCUCAUACAACAACUCUCGGACAAAAGCCAAUUAGAUCUACUCCCCUUGUUUCUAUCUGUGGCUUCUCGUCUUCGUGUCCAAACUCCCCAGUUUCCCCUCCACAAAUUCCGCCACUUGCGCCAGAUUGUCCGUCUAGGUCAUCCGUCCGAGUUGCGCGAGGUCAAGGCCAAGCGAGUAGUUGCAAUUUCGAGGCCGAAAUAGUGUAUAUCCUCGGGUGCAGCUUGUCUUUGCUCUGUCUUUUCCCCGUCUCCUCUGCACACCUCACUCUUCAAUAUCCUCUACUCGCAUCACACGUACCGUCGCAUCAUGUCGUCGCAUCCGUCGCUCAAGGCGACCUUCGCCAGCCGGUCUGAGACGGCCACUCAUCCUCUCAACCGACACCUCUUCAAGCUCAUGGACCUCAAGGCCUCGAAUCUCUGCCUCAGCGCCGAUGUCGCAACCGCCCGCGAGCUCCUCUACUUUGCCGACAAGAUUGGCCCCUCCAUCGUCGUCCUCAAGACUCAUCAUGACAUGGUCUCCGGUUGGGACUUUGACCCCAAGACGGGAACCGGCGCGAGGCUCGCCGCUCUGGCUCGCAAGCACGGUUUCCUUAUCUUUGAGGAUCGCAAGUUUGGCGACAUUGGUAACACGGUCGAGCUGCAAUACACCAGCGGUGCCGCGCGCAUCAUCGAGUGGGCGCACAUCGUCAACGUCAACAUGGUCCCCGGUAAGGCUUCAGUCACUUCCUUGUCCAACGCUGCCGCCAGAUGGCUCGAGCGAUACCACUACGAGGUCAAGACGUCGAUCAGCAUCGGAACUCCCACGGCUAGCCAGUUGGACGAGGACAGCGAACGCUCAGAUGCCGAGAACCAAAAUGACCACCCGGAACCGCCUCGAGCCGACAACGGUCGUAAGGGUAGUAUCGUCUCGACCACGACGGUCACGCAGCAGUACGAGUCGGCCGAUUCACCACGUCUUGUCAAGACGAUCCCCGAAGGCGACGAGGCAGUAUUUCCCGGUAUCGAGGAGGCGCCGAUCGAGAGGGGUCUGCUUAUCCUGGCACAAAUGUCCAGCCAGGGCAACUUUAUGAACAAGGAGUACACGCAAGCCUGCGUCGAGGCCGCAAGGGAACACAAGAGCUUUGUCAUAGGAUUCGUCUCACAGGAAUGUCUCAACUCACAACCCGACGAUGCCUUCAUUCACAUGACACCUGGCUGCCAACUGCCCCCCGAGGGUGAGGACGAGAACGCCGCCAUCAAGGGAGACGGCAAGGGUCAGCAGUACAAUACGCCACAGAAGAUCAUCGGCGUUGCCGGUGCCGACAUUGCUAUUGUCGGUCGGGGCAUCAUCAAGGCCAACGACCCCGAGGGAGAAGCUGAGCGAUACCGAUCGGCAGCCUGGAAGGCUUACACGGAACGGGUUCGUUGAAGACGGAGCUGGAGGCGGAUUUGACGCGGGCAUGGGUCAUUAUGGAAGAAGGGAUGAGCAUCUCAGAGGUUGGCGAACUAUUAAGCGGGAAUUGCAAUAUCAAUAUCAUCAUGACUGUACUGGAGCAACUGCGGAAGUAUUUACAUAGUAGUCGCUUUCAAUGGAGAACAAUGAGCCCUGGCUAGGGACGAUACGAUAUCCAAG